AACACUGGAAAAAGGGCAGUCUACAUAAUUCACCUUUUCGGGAUCCUUGAACUAUGUACCUUCCUAAUCAUUCGCCCAUUAGCAAGGAAACCUUACCAAGUCACGUCCAGCUUCUUUUUUGCUAAGCCCUUCUCCUCAUUUGUUAAGCUACCUACAUACCUAAUCCUCCUACGAUCUUCCUACGAUUCACGUUGAUUGUUACAAAGUCAGCCCUUCGGCUAAAUCGUCGAGGUAGGUUUCGUGGCUGGACGACGAAUAGGAAUAUUCACCCUCUCGUGUGCAUGUGUCUCUGUGCAAUGCAGAAUAAUAACCUCAAUCAUAAUAAUAUUACAUGAAGGAAUAACGUAGCCAUCACAAAAUUGAGGUUUAACUCAUCAACCACAGCAUACAUAGCACGUCGUAUUUGCUAAACACGCAGAGCAGAGUCAAAUUGUGCAAUUUAUAAAAGCGACAAGAAUUCCUUUUUGGUGUCAUAUGAUGACAUGGAAUAAUUUCAGUCCGAGUGAGUGAAAUGUGACUCCGUACAAGAGAAGAAUUCGUCAACAACUUUGAUCAUUAAGCAAAGUUGUUAAAUUUUACAGACCAAGAAACGAACGGACUCGUCGUCGUGUAGAAAUCGCAAAUUACACGCUGAAUGAAAAUAUUUAUUCUGCUGGUGGACAAACUAGAUCGCAUAAAUAUUAUUUGCCCACUUUUAUCACCACUUCAUAAGUACAUACUCUUUCUCGCAUGUCGUGGGAUUAACUGGGAAGUGCAGUUGACAGAGUUGUAGAGACAAAAUAUUUGUAAGAAUAAUCCAGAUCCACUCCACUACGGAAAGACAAACUAUAAUUCUAUUCAUCUCUGACUGGUUAAAACAAAGGAAAAUAUUUCGCUACUAGGUUGGAUUAAACGAGUAUCAUGUAUGCAAGUACAUAACGAACAAUAAUAAAACAACAAUCGACUGAAUAAACACAAGCCUCCCUUCGCACAAAGUAACGUCUACGACAAUAGAGGAAUUCAACUCAAGUGGUAAAUUAUUCACCCCACAACAGAGACAGAAAGUAUUGACCGAUAAUACCCGGAAUUAGCAGAAUGAUGCGAAUAUUUGCGAUAUUUGCAUUUAUCUCGCUCUGUGGAGUUGCAUGCGUCAGUGGAGUUUUGGUCGAAGAUGUUCGAGACCAAGUCAUUCACGAGGUGGAGAGUGCGUGGCGUAAACUGCAGGGCUUGGAGUCGGAUCCUAACAAACCUCUGGGUCAAGUACUGAAGGACUUGUCAGCAAUUGUCUCCAGAAUUCCGGACACCAUCAGCCGAGUGGAGCGAGAAUUGACCGUGUAUGAGUACGAUGAAGCACUAAAAUCCUUGGGAAAGGUUAAAAACACUACUCGCACUUGGAGGGAAAAGUGGUCGGAAAUUGCUCUCCUCACUUCUCCUGUGGACAUCUUGUAUGGACAUUUUAAAAUAUUUCCCGAAAUGCCGGAAGCAUUCUUGCCUGGCUCCGGUUAUGACUUUGACAUCAACUCCCUCACGGAACUCAUCCUCAAGCCCUUGUACAACACGGACGAGAAGGGAACAAUCACGCUGAAAUAUCUGAUUGAAAACGUCCACACUGCCGCAAUUUCGAGGACACGACGUGAACGAGACGCCUUCCACAUUCUCAGCGAUCAAAUCGAAGAAGCUCUUCGGCAGUCGUACUGGUGUCUCUGGAAUGGGAAAACGCCACAGCGGAUCGUGUACGGAUUUUAUGAGACCUUGGCCGCAUUUGACAUCAAGGAGUACACGCUGCUGAACUUUGCCUGGAUGCUGAAAUUUGCCAUCAAUGGGACUGAAGUGAAGAAUCAAGUGGUGGAGAGCAAGGAAGCCCUUCUUCAAAGAACCGAUGAGAAGACCAUGAUUGCAAAAGAAGUCAUGGCCACAGCAUCGUCUGGCUAUUGGAAAUGCGACCCCAUCAAAUACCAGGCUGGCGUCAACUACGCAGAGUUCAAAGAGUUGCUUCAAGGCUAUAUUGAGAAUGAGAACAAGAUGCACACGAGUGGAUCAUGCAAACAAGGUUGUGCCGACUAUGCCUUCAUUAAAGCCCGGUGUGCGUACCCUGAUGAUGAAUCUUGUUUUCACCACAGAGUCUGCACUGGCAAUCUUAUUGAGUGCAAAUACAUUGCUGCUGACGCCACCGUUUGCCCUGCCGACGCCCCUCGACGAUUUGACUACAUUGAGUACAAAAGAGGUCCUACCCUGGGCAGCACAUCAAAGAAAUGCAGCAAAACCACCGAAACGAGAAAUAGUCACUGGAGAUUUUUAUACCACUGUUCAAACUGCUUCUGCUUGUGCGACGAUGCCCGAAGUCCAACCACCGUGCGACACGUUAGCAUUUCUCCUGCCACGUCCGACGUUUCAGCCAACAAAGUUGUCACCGGAGUGCAGUUCGUUAUGAAAGAAGGGAUCCUACAUUUGCAGAUUGAACAAGGGGAGGCAGAGAAAGAGGGCGACAUUUCCGAUGGGACAACAGAAUGGAAAGCACUGCCGAAUUUAGAUAAGUAUGACGAGUCACGGGUCACUGUUUUGGAGUACACGCGUCGCAGUUUUGAUCUGGACGACCUCGUCGUUCCAAAAGACCACGUCGUCACUGGUGUAAAAUUCCGUGUUCUUGGAGGACACUUAAAUCUCGAAGUUCAAGCCACCCAAAUUAAUCCAGAGACUGGGAAGCUGAUCAUCGGCUCGUCGCACUGGGUGAGCAACGACAAUACUCCGGAGGCUGCGAACAACGGGAGGAAGCUGUUGCCUCUGGAUGAGCUGGAUGUCCCCACGCUCUCCAAACAUCCCAGUGCCCCAGACUCCACCCAUGACCAGUACUUGCAAUUUGGCCCUACUUCGCGCUACAAGGACGUCUCCCAGACCACAAUCCCCUUCAUUGAUCUCCAAGAAGUGCGUCCUAACCCUCCCGUGUGGCUCAGAGGCAUCGGCGUGUACCACAAGGGACAGCCUGGCUACGGGGGAUUCGUCGCCCCCCGAGUUUUCACAAUUUCAAUCGUGGAUUUCAUUAAAGUUGGUGGGUCCUCUUCCAGCAACCGCUACGAAAUCUCCCCUUAGGCUCCCAGCAAAUAAGAAUUCAUGAAAAAAUUGCACCUAAAAGUAUGUAGGAACCUAAAUAAUGAUCUUCAAUCCUUCACUCAAAGACAGCCCUUGUACUAGCUGAAUAUUAUUUGUGUAAUCAAUUUAGCCAUAACGUAGCUGCACUAGAUUACCUUCUGGAAAAAAGUGUAUAAACCCACUCUUAAAUCUCACAAUUCUCUGUACAUGAUAGUGUCAUUCUACUAAAUAUAUACUGACAAUAAUCAGGUAAAGAAUGCUCCCAUCAGAUUUCAAAGAGUUUUACAAGUCCUCAGAAUCACUCUUGAGUGCGAGGGAGGAGGCGAAACAUUUCCAUAUUUACAUUGAUUGCGUCCAAAGACAAAAUUUUAAAAAAGGGUUUCUUGAAAAAUUGGAGAGCUUUCAUUUCUCCGUCAAAAACUUGAAAUAUUUCUCGGUCGUACCACAUUUGAUGGUUUUUAUUUAUUCACUCGAAUGAGCUAUUCGCAUUGCAGUCUUACAUAUACCAUUUAUAUAUUUACAAGUACUCGUAUCUUCCUUACAGCAUGUCUUCCAUUCCAGCAGAAUCUAAAAUAUGUAGCAAUAGGCGUUUAUCAUUAGUCAUUAGUCUCUAAUUAAUUUGAGUCAAAUGAUGAAUGCAAUUUUAGAGUACUUCAAACAAUAUAUGUGUGUCGUCCUAAGUCUCCAGUCUUUCAUACAUUAAAAAGGUAUAAAGUAUUCAGGAAGCUAUACAUAUGUAGCUACAUAGUUUUAUAUACGUUUAACUAUUACAAAUCUUAUAAUCUUAUAAUUUGCCUUCUGAUUGUACACCAACCUUUAUUGGAGGAUUUGUACUUUUUGGCUUAAUUAAUCACUACUGAGUGCAUAAGAUUUAGAGUUUUUUUUAAUAGAAUAGAUUAAGAACCGGAUUUCGCAAUUCCGUCACAUUCAGAUUUGCGUCUCAAUGUUGCUGUAUUAUGUAAAAUAUACAAGGUGAAACUCAGUCCAGAUAUGGGAAUAAAAUAAAGUGGAUUUUAGAAACCUUUGAAAAAAA